GGGCUGGUGGGUGCUGCUGCAGCCCCCACGGGUGACCGCAGCCGUGCUGGGGAGCUGCGGUACCACAAGGGCUGCGGUGGGUGGGGCGCGGGGAGGAUGGGUGAUGCUCAGGGACAGCUCGCCUGGCCCUUGAGCAACAGCCCCACCGCCCUUUGUGGGAAGAGGGGGCAGCUGCGUCGGCCAGUUCCUCAGCGUGGCUGGGGCCAUAGGAGCGGGGGAAGCGAAGGAGGGGCGGCGCGAGCCGGCAGGGAGGAAGGCGCUGGGUCUGCGGUCAGCAACUCCGACGCAGUAGCCCCAACACGCUGGACCCCGCUCGGGGCGGCGCGGAGGAUGACUGCUCGGCUGCUGCUCACCACCGCCCUGCUGCUGCUGCUGCAGACCCCGGCGGCAGAAGCCCUGAUGGAGCCGGAGCUCUGCUACAUCCUGGAUGCCAUCCUCUUCCUCUAUGGCAUCGUCCUCACCGUCCUCUAUUGCCGCCUCAAGUUCACGGUUCACCGAGAGUCACAGCAGGGACCUGGCAAAGAGCAGAAGGAAGAAGCCAUCUACACAGGGCUCACCGGUGAAGGCCAGGAGAUGUACGAAACCCUGCAGGUCAAACACUCCUGACCCCAUCCUGCGACCGCCCCGCAGCCGCCCCUCGUCCCCCUGUCCAUCCCCAGCAGCUGGGGCUCUACCCCCAGCACCCCCUUCCUGGGACUGUGAUGGAGAACUGGAGCCUUUUUCCCUGGAAAUGGCUGGUUUUGCCCCCAAACUGCCUCCAGCUGGGCACAGGCGCAGCCUGGGGUACCGCUCUGGGGCUGAGACGCCCUGAGCCUGGCAGGGGCUGAAGCUGCCGGGGUUGUGUGGUGCUGACCCCCCCCGCCCCCCCUUCCCCAAGUAAAGCAGCACCAUACGCAAACCUGGCAGGAGGGUUUC